AGGGAGGGAGGACAAGAUUAUCUUUGCAUCUCUCCCUCGCCGGUCUCAGUUUAUGAGGGGAGGGGGAGUUUUAUAAUCCAUGCGCUGCAUCAGGGACUCAAUUAUAGAGGUCUUGACGUUAAGCUAAAAGGGGCGCCCUGAUCUAGUACGCUUCUGAUUAAGGCUAGCUCCUCAUACCUUUCUUUUCCUUUCUUCUUCCUCCUCCUCCUUCGUCUUCCUCUCCUCUCCUCUGCGCUUCCUUUCUUGCUCUGGGACUGGGCAACAAUGUCUCCCGUGCCGAGCCCAAAUCAAUCACACCUUCUAGGCCAUGGAUCAAGGAAAGAGAAGCGCAUGAGGAAGGUGGAUACCUUUGCGCCGCACAACGACGGCCACCAAUGGAGGAAGUACGGCGAGAAGAAGAUCAACAACUGCAACUUUCCCAGGUACUACUACAGAUGCACCUACAAAGACAACAUGAACUGCCCGGCCACCAAACAGAUUCAGCAGAAGGAUCACAGCGACCCCCCAUUGUACCAAGUCACAUACUACAACGAGCAUUCAUGCAACAGCGCCUUCCUUGCCCUCACCCCCACAGAGUUCCAGCUGCAGACCGCAUCUGGAAAGGCAGUCUCCAUCUGCUUUGAUUCAUCCGGGGCUCAGGAGCCCGGAGCCAAUGCCAGCUCGCCAUCUUCGAGUGCGGCGCCACGCGGCACGCCUUCAGAGUGCAAGAACAAGCCCCUUGCGCUGCGUUCAGAGGCGCUUUCUUCCUGGGCCCCCGGCGUUGUGGAGCAAAAGACGGCCUGUGCUGAUCUCCAGUCCUGCAGCACCGAGUGCCAAGAUGCAUACAUUUCAGAAGACAUAGAUGCAGGGAGAUUCGGUUCUAUCAGAUUCUUCCAUUUUUUGUAAAUGGAUCAGUGGAAGACAAUUGAUCUUACCUCAAAGAACUAAUAUGAUACACAUGUUUUUUCCCAUCUACACGCAUGCUAGAGCACCAGAUACUUGCAUGUGAGAUGUGGCCAAGAUUUUCUUAGUUCAAUUGAAAUGAAAUACCACUGCUAAUUCAGAAGGCAGAGUUCAUUUCUGCAAACUCUCAUGUUAUUUCUGUUGAGACGCUGCAGCAUCUUGUACCUUCAAAAGCAAUGAAUACAUUCCUUACCCUAUUAUUAUGCUA